AUGUACCCGCUUGGAAUUCUAUUCGGUCUUGGUUUCGACACAUCCUCGGAAGUUGCCCUCCUUGGUAUCUCCUCUAUCGAGGCUGUGAAAGGUACGAGCAUUUGGCUGAUUUUGAUAUUCCCGGCUCUUUUUACUGCGGGAAUGUGUCUUCUUGACACCGCUGAUGGCGCCCUCAUGCUCGCCCUCUAUAUACAGCCAGCUCAAAAUUAUCUCGCACCGGAACGGAACAGUCCUUCAUCUGUACACCCUAUCGCUGGUGCAGGAGAUGAAAUCCAGACGUCCCAGAAUCAUCGAGACCCUGUUGCUUUCCUAUACUACUCGAUCAUUCUAACAACCAUGACUGUCAUUGUCGCCAUUGUAAUUGGUGUGAUUCAACUGCUGACCCUCGUGCUCAACGUUGCGGAGCCAACUGGUAAAUUCUGGAAUGGAGUGCAGGUGGCUGGAGAAUAUUAUGAUGUUAUUGGCGGUGCGAUCUGCGGAUGUUUCCUCAUUAUAGGUGGGUUGAGCGUACUUGUAUACAAGCCGUGGAGGAGAUGGGUUUCCAAGACACAUCAAAUCGGCGUGGUUGUGGAGCGAGAGCGAUACAGGGAUUAUGUCCCUGGAGUGGACGAUCGCAACAAUGAGGAAGCAGCAAUGUCGAAAGUAGCAGUCAGCAAGGGGUAG